GACGGAUGCCAAGACGAGGGAAAGCCUGCAGAAAUCGGUGCAGCUCGCGAUGAAGAUCACGACCAAGUCCCAAGAGGCCGCCGCACGCCACGGAAGGGAGCGCAAAGAUCAGAGGGCGAGGGGAAAGCUGGAGCGACAGAAACUGCUUGAUAAGAUUGAGGUGGAGCGGACAAAAACGAAGUGGCUGCAGCUGCAGGCCCAAAGCGAGGCCGUGCAGGCAAGCGGACAGUCCGUGGCGGAGGCCAAGGCCAAGGCGGAGUCGCUUCUCAUUGAGGUGGACUCCGAGUUGAAGCAGGCGGAGAUGCGGGCAAAGGCGUACCGCAUCACGGCUGAAUCGGAGCUAAAGAAACAAAAGCAGAAACUGGAGCUCGAAUUGGAGUUUACAAAAAGGCAGAACGAACUGGAUAUCAUGAAGGCGCGCCAAAUAGCGGAAACUGAGGCGGAGCGGGUCCAGCGCAUGGUGAACGCCAUUGGACGUGAGACGAUUGUGGCGGUGGCACAGGCCGGGCCCGAGAUGCAGGCAAAGUUGCUUGGAGGAUUGGGCCUCAAGGGUUACCUCAUCACGGACGGCAAGUCACCGGUAAACUUGUUCAACACCGCCCAGGGUUUGAUUGACGCCGGGAGUUCCGCACAGGAGCACUCGUAA